GGUUAGUGUGUAUGUGAGUGUGUUUUUGAGAGAGAGCGAGAGAAUCAGGCUGCUGCCGCUGAGCUACCCGCUCCUGCUGAGGGGAAGAGGAGGAAACAUGAGCUCCAGGAAAGUGAUGGCCAUCCAGGCCAGAAAAAGGAGGCCGAAAGGGAAGAAAGACAGAACAGGUCACCAUCGCAGGCCUGAGACCCAGCAGAAAGCCCCGGUGACUGCCCCUCCUCCUCCACCGCCCCCUCCGCCACCCCCUGAGCCGGCAGGGCCCCCGGAGCCGGAGGAGGAGAUCCUGGGCUCCGAUGAUGAGGAGCAGGAGGACCCCGCAGACUACUGCAAAGGAGGGUACCAUCCGGUGAAGAUCGGGGAUUUGUUCAACGGGAGGUACCAUGUGAUCAGGAAAUUGGGGUGGGGCCACUUCUCCACCGUAUGGCUAUGCUGGGAUAUACAAGUGAAGAACUUUGUGGCGAUGAAGGUGGUGAAGAGCGCCCAGCAUUACACGGAGACGGCCCUGGAUGAGAUCAAACUGCUGCGAUGUGUGAGAGAGAGCGACCCCGGGGACCCCAACAAGGACAUGGUGGUGCAGCUGAUAGAUGACUUCAAGAUCUCUGGAGUCAACGGCAUACAUGUGUGUAUGGUGUUUGAGGUGCUAGGUCACCACCUGCUGAAGUGGAUUAUUAAAUCCAACUACCAAGGUCUGCCCCUGCCAUGUGUCAAGAGCAUCAUCAAACAGGUCCUGCAGGGUUUGGACUACCUCCACACUAAAUGUAAAAUCAUCCACACGGACAUCAAGCCAGAGAACAUCCUGAUGUGUGUAGAUGACGCCUUUGUUAGGCGUAUGGCCAUGGAGGCGACUGAAUGGCAGAAAGCUGGAGCCCCCCCACCCUCCGGAUCAGCAGUUAGCACAGCCCCCCAGCUCAAACCGGUGAAUACAACAGAUGUGGGGAAGAUCUCCAAGAACAAGAAGAAGAAGCUGAAGAAGAAGCAGAAGCGGCAGGCUGAGCUGCUGGAGAGGCGGAUGCUGGAGAUCGAAGCCCUGGAGAGAGAGGCCGAGAAGAAGGAGGGGAGGGCUAAAGACUGGGAAGAGAAAGGGGAGCAUGAACACAAGCUGCCGCCACCGCAGCUGGGCCCCGGCAUGGCUCUGGGAGAGAGCGACGAGGAUGAUGAUGAUGAGGAGGAUGGGGAAGAUGAGGAGGAAGAGGAGGGAGGAGAGAGGGAGAGAGAGAGGGAGAGGCCCAGGCCCAUCAGGUUGACUAAUCAUACAUGUGCGGCGCCUCCCCAGGAGCAGAGCGAGGCGCCUCGCAUCACUGAUGACGACCCCGGCGAGGAGGUGGAAGAGGACGAGGAGAUAACGCCUACCGCUGAAAAAGAGGCCCCCAUUCCCCCCAACACAGAUGAGGGUAAUGGAGAUUCAACACAAGCUGAGGUAGAGGGGGAGGACGAGAACGAGGAGGAGGAGGAGGAGGAUGAUGAUGAGGAUGAUGAUGAGGAGAGAGGAGGAGGAGAGAAAAAGGCUGAAAGAGAGGAAAAUGAAGCAGAGGAGCCAAAGAGUGAGAACAAAACAGAGGAGCAGGCAGUGGUAGAGGAAAAGAAGUCAAAGGAGCAGGAGGUGGAGGAGGAGGAGGAUGAGGAGGAAGAAGAUGAGAAUGAGGAAGACGAGGAUGACGACACGACCACUGAACUUCUCACCUCCCCCAUCAAACCCCACAACAACAAAAGCAAUUCAGCCAAAACCAACGGGCACGUUCUGUUGGGAUCCGAGGGACUGAAACCAAACCCUGGCAAUCCUCCGCCUCCCUCGUCCACCUGCGAGACUCUCCUCUGCCCCCUGGUGGAGUCCGAGCUCAGCUACACGGACAGGGACAACUCUCUCAGCUCCGGUUAUGAGAUGUAUAACGGCGACCUUGGCGAGCCUGGGCUGACCAACGGUGGCAGUAACCGCCAUAGGGCCGCCUUGCCUCUCUUCCCCGACUUGCCCAUGGAUCCUAUGCCGGGAAACCCAUUUCUGUUGGAAUGGCGGACAUUGGAACAGGCCUGUCACUCAACAGCCCCCACCGCUGACCGCAGUCGCACUGUGUCUUCCUCGAGCACGGGAGACACACCCAAAGUCAGGGCCAGAGCUGCAGAUCUCCUGAUCAACCCACUAGACCCGCGCAACUCUGAGUCUAUUCGAGUCAAAAUCGCUGAUCUUGGAAAUGCCUGCUGGGUGCACAAGCACUUUACAGAGGACAUCCAGACGAGACAGUACCGUUCCAUUGAAGUGCUGAUAGGAGCUGGUUACAGCACUCCUGCAGACAUCUGGAGUACUGCCUGCAUGGCUUUUGAGCUGGCUACUGGAGAUUACUUGUUUGAGCCCCACUCUGGAGAGGACUACUCUCGUGAUGAGGACCACAUAGCCCACAUCAUAGAGCUGCUGGGCUGUAUUCCGAGGCACUUUGCGCUCUCCGGAAAAUAUUCCCGGGAGUUCUUCAACCGAAGAGGCGAGCUGCGGCACAUCACCAAGCUGAAGCCGUGGUCCCUGUUUGACGUGCUGGUUGAGAAGUACGGCUGGGCGCACGAAGACGCCGGCCACUUCACCCACUUCCUUCUGCCCAUGCUGGAGAUGGUGCCUGAGAAGAGGGCCUCGGCCGGCGAAUGCCUCAACCACCCCUGGCUCAACUCGUAGCCACAAUCUGCGAUCAGACGCCUCCUCCCUUUGUCCCCCAACAGUUAGCCCAAACAACACCCCCUGGUGGCAGCCUGCGGAACAACAGCAUGAAGAGAAGCUGGAGAUAAACAGAGUCAGAGUAGAUGAUUAAGACUUAUUCUUUCCUGCCCUAUCCCACACAUCCAUUUCAUGCUUAUCUGAGUAGGCUUACGUCCCACACAAGCCCCUCAUCUAUUCCCAAAAGGAAUUUAAAGACAAGCUUAUGGAGAUAACAUGACAUAGUAGCUGUGUCUUCCAAAACAUCUCCCAAAAAGAUAAUUUGAAGAUGGAUGCUGCUCACGUAAAGUCAGGCUCUGUCUGAAAGAGAUGUGCUUUGUUCUGCCGUCAAGAUGUCAGCCAGUCCCCUUCCAUCUAAUCUUCUCCGAAUUCUCAGUUUUACCUUGUUUGGAUCCAGUCACGGAUCACUGAGAGCUGCUGAUCUUUUCAAUGACGUGAAAGAAAAGUCAAUGAGAAGCUCCAUCUACAAUGACCUUUACACAGCCAGGGCCUCAGACAGACACAUGUGUGUGUUUUCGAGAGCGAUGAUGAGCGCAUGUGCUUGUGCUCAAGAUCUGUCUACACAGACCCUUCUCCUCUCAUUCCAGCCCUGUUGUCCCUCCUUUGCCCCCCCCUCGCCCUGCUUUGGAAGGAAGCACCCACAUGGGACUAAAAGUUUACAUCCUGAUUUCUUCCACAAAUCCAAUCCCCUCUUACGUGUUUGGUUCCCCCUUUAUCCCCCCUUUGUAAAUGAGCUCUACGCUCCUGCCGGGGGGGGGGGGGCCACCUCAGAGAACUGGAGGGCAGCCAGUCCUCCAGGGGGCACCACAUUGACAGUUGCCACUCUGACAAAGACUGAGAGAAAAAGUGCGGGAUGAGCAAAAGACAAAUAUACAAUCAAUUCAACGCGGAGGAGGACUGCUUGGUCUUCAAAGACUAUUUUUAAAAUGCAUGGAGAGACUGAUGGAUCAGCAUGAACGGAUAUGACAAACGGACGAUGGAUACCUUAUUUUAUUUGUGCAUUACGCUGCUUUCUUUCCUGUUUCAUCACCUCUUGGACAUUCUGUUAGAAAGAAUUAUGUUAGGAUAUUUUGGUGCCCCCUCUGAGGAAGGUAAAUAUGUUACAACCCCUUCUCCAGCUUUUAACAUUCCUAAAUCUUGGUCCUCUGCCAUUAUUCCUUUUUAUUUACUUUUAUUCCCAAGAACAAUUCUGUUGAAUCCUGUUGUGGCACGUUUACCUGAUCUAUCUGAUUGGUACUAUUCCCCCCCUUUUCCCUAUAGAGGAACCUUUUGAUCCCUGAGCUACUCCAGAUUGGGGAUGGUCACAUGGAGGUUGCACUUGUCUUUGUAGAUGUCCUUCAGGGAUUUGAAACCUUUGUACAUAGAACUGAGAUCUUGCAACGCAGAUAAGCGACCUUGGACAAAGUUUCAACACACAAGCAUCAUUCCAAAAAAACAGAGGCUGUUGUUGGCAUACGUUGACUUCCUCUGAUACAGUGCUACAGUGAUACAUAGCUCCGGCCCUGGAGGAAUGUUCAGACUGAACUGUGCCACCUGGUGGCUGAGUGAGAGUACUGCAUUGCCACACACUGCUGCUACUCUCAGUGCCAACGCUCCCAAAACGUUCCACUAUAUCUCUCCACUUAAUCUCUAUUUCUCUGUAACACACACACACACACACACACACAGACACACAGACACACAGACACACAAAAACAUCACAAUUAGUCCAGUUGCCUAUUUUUCGCAAUAAAUGAAAAAAGAUGAGUAUAAGUAAAUGGUGAGAUAUUUUUUAAAAACUAUUUAAUUCAUUAAAAAAAGAGGAAAAAAAAAAGAAAACAACUUUUCUCUGGUUGUUGUGACCGUGACAGAAUCUCGUCUUACACUGAGAUGAUUGUGUUUGUCUUUUAGAGAUGUUUUUAUUUCUUGUCAUUAUAAUUAAUUAUUGAAUGAUUUUUUUUUUUUUUACACAGUUGUCACCUCCCCCCUCCCUCCUUACUUGAACAGUGCUGCUCUGUCUGGGCUCUUGAUGGUGAUAAAAAAAAAAAGAAAUCAACAGUUUUGCAAUAAAGGGUAUGUGACGAGUUUUUUUGCACCAAAAACCUCCUGAUCUCACUCUUUCAGCCAUGCUGACUGUUCUUCCUGAUGACAUUGACAGAAUCGCGUCUCUUGUCUGUGUUUUUCAUUGACAGAUUUAAUAAAAUUGUAAAUUAAUGGA